GUACAGAAGAGGGAUGGAUGAGUAGAUUAUUAUUACUUACUAUUUUUUUCUCUUUUUUUUCUGCCAAUCUCCUGCUCACGCCCCAGUCCAUUAGGUGGCGGUGAUGCACUUUAAGUUGGUUUGCCAUCCGCCAUUAAAACAAGCAGAUAUCUCGAAGCGUUUGUUUAAUUUUAGUCCAAGAGUUAGGUUUCUGCGUCUCUUUAAUUGCAAUUAAUUCGGUUUUGUUUUCUUUCAUCGUACGACUUUGUUGCCCCAUGUCGUUUACCACGCUGACUAUGUAUAGUUUCAGUUUGCAGCUAAAACAAGGGCCGAGUAUGAAGGUGUUCUGCAUCAGCUCCGUGCAUAUGUAAACAGCUUGAACAAAAUAGGAAACGAUACUUACAUGCCUGUUUAUUUUUUUUAAACGUGCAAUGAAAAUGAAGGUGUCAGGAGGGUUGUUCUUGAAGGUCUGUGGUGGUCUCCUCGUUAUAAGUAGUGUUUUGUUGUUUGUUCAGUCAGAAGAUGAAGAAUGGAUUGAUCCGUAUGACAUGCUCAACUAUGAUCCCGCUUCAAAAAGCAUGCGGAAACCUGCCGAGUCCUCCAGCUACAGUAAUGUACCGACUAAAAGAAGGGAAUACAGUCAGGAGUCAUGUCAAGUGGCUCAGUGUCCAGAAGUGAAGGAAUGCACUGAUAAAGUCAACAUGCUGCAAAGAGAAAUUGAAGAGAUAAGAAGGAGGGAGACGUUUUCCUCGCAACAGCCAACAUGUAAUCCUGUGUUCAAGCGCUUCCUCGCGAAGCUUUUAAAGGAAAUUGACAAACUUGGCUUGCCCACUGCUGUAACUGCUGAAAAGCACUAUGAUGCUGAGGUGAAACUUUCCAAGAAAAGGGUGAUCGAAAUCCAGAAGCUUGUGAGUGAUGAGAGCAGCUGGAGGACCGGGGCUCUGGAUGAUGCUCUUAGUCAAAUACUUAUUAACUUUAAACACCAUGACCCCGAGACCUGGAAAUGGCGCUUUGAAGACACGUUUGGUGUGGAGCCUGACACUGUUAUCAAGGUCUCUGUCAUUGUCUUGAUCAUUGUGGUCAUAAUCUGCACUGAGAUGUGGUCUCUGAUGUCCUGGUUUGUCCAAUUUAAGAGAAUGCUUGCCAUAUGUUUCUUUAUCAGUCUAGUGUGGAACUGGUUCUAUCUCUACAAGAUUGCCUUUGCUGAACACCAGGCCAACAUGGUAAAGAUGGAGAACGUUAAUGGUAAAUGCACCGGAGUGAAGAAAUUUGACUGGAUGGAUAAUAUCAAAGAGUGGUAUCGGACCACGUUGACUCUUCAGGAGGAUCCUUGUAAGAAAUACUACGAGGCCCUGAUUGUGAAUCCGAUCCUGCUAGUGUCUCCAAUGAAGGCCAUCACUAUGACCAUCGCCACCUUUUUUACAGACCCUCUGAAGCACAUAGGACAAGGCAUUAGCGAGUUUCUCAGGGCCUUACUGAAAGACCUGCCCUUUACGCUCCAGAUACCCGUGCUUCUUUUAAUCGGACUAUCUGUCGUGGUAUUUAUCUACAGCAGUAGCCAAGCAGCUGUACAUCAUGCUUUUCUUAGGCCUCUGCGAGGUGGGCGUCGGGAUCCUCCACCCAACAUUGCACAGCAGCAGGCUGCUCCUCCCAUACGGGAGCAGGAGGAACAUGGAGAAGAAGAAAGGUAUCUGUUAGCAGGAGGUGAUGCUAAUCGUGCUGCACAGCCCAGACACCAUAUAAGACAAGAGGGCAACGAAGCCAACCGCAUGGGUAACCGGAAUUCCGAAGAGGAAAACAGGCCCGAAAUUCGCCAGAGGGGACCCAACAGACCGACAAUACAGCAGCAGAGGGUGUAUGUGGAAACCCUACGGAAUGCAGACCGCUUUUACAGUGGGGAUGAGAUGGACACCCAGCAGGAAGCAGUAGCCGAGGAUCUGGCUCAGCACGUGGAGGAAGAAACUCUGACUCUCAGUAAUAGCCCAAAGGAGGAACAUGAGUCAUCUGCAUCCAACACAGAAAUGAAGCACACUCAACCAGCAUCUAAGGAGCACAGUGCUAAAAGUGACACUAAAGAUAACAAAACGUCAGGAAAUACUGAAAGGAAUGCGGUAGGUGAUUCAGCAAGCAUAGGUAAAGCUGCAUCCAAGAAAGAAGACCGUGUUGAAAAUAUUGGCACUCCAGUUCAGGAAACUCCAGUAUAUAUCUACAGUACUAGCCACUCAGUACUACAGAGCACUCAGUACUGCACAGCACUCUGUUCUUAGACCUCUGCAAGAUGGGCAUCGGGAUCCUCCAACCGGCACUGCACAGCAGCCUGCCGCUCCUCUGAGGAAAACAGAGAAGAAGAAAGAGAACUGUUCGCAAGAAGUGUUGCUAACCAUACUGCACUGCCCAGACACUAAAAGUUACACUAAAGAUCACAAAAUGUCAGGAAAUGCUGAAAGGAAUGAGGUUUAUAUAGGCAUGUGAAAAAAUUAUAUAAUGAUGUACUCGAACAAAACCACAAGGAAAAUGAGCUUUUUCAAUCAUUUAUUCAACAGAAAUAUCAAUAGAUGUGAUAUUCUUCUGUGGAAAAAGUAAAUACACCCUUGACCUCAGAAGCUACUGUAGUAUUGCCCCCUUUAGCAGAAAUAACUUUCUGUAGGCAUUUUGCUUAAUUCUCCUUGGUGGAUUUGCUAGUGUGCUUGUUAUCAUUAUCCUGUUGAAAGGUCCACUUUCGGUCCGACUUCAACUUUCGGACAGAUGAUCUGACAUUAUAUUCAAGCACUCUUUGAUAUGAUGCAGAAUUCAUAGUUGAAUCAGUGAAUGCAAGCUGUCCAGUCCCAUGUACCGUUCCACCACCAUGCCUCACAGUUGGUAUGAGGUGCUUCUCCUGAAAAGCUGUCUUUGAUCUGCGCCAAACAUGUAUGCUGUUACUGUGGCCAAACAAUCUAUCUAUCUUUAUCUCUAUCUUUGAUUCAUCUGUCCAGAGCACCUUAUUCCAAAAGGCCUGGUCUUUGCCUAUAUGCUCAUUGGUAAACUGUAGUCUCGCAAAGACUUUUUCCUGACACGCCUCCCAUGCAGGUCAAAUUUGUGCAAUCUCUUUCUGAUUAUAGAAGCACGCCCUUUGACACCACCAGUUGCAAGACUUGCUGGCAGAUCCUGUGAUGAAAUUUUGGGGUUCUGGGAGACUUCUUUUUGCAUCAGACAGUCUGAUCUUGGGCUGAAUUUAGUGGGAUGGCCAGUCCUGGUUGUUUGAAAUCUGCACCAUUUGUAGAUGAUUUUCUUUACAGUGGAAGGAUGUAUUUCAAAUCAUUUGGAGAUCUUUUUAAAUCCGUUGCCAGACUCAUAGGCAUCCACAACCUUUUUUUUUCCUGAAGGCCUUACAGAACUCUUUAGAUCUUGGCAUGAUGACACCACACACCUCAAUAACAAAGGGAACACCAGACACUAGAUAUGAGAGAGGUAUAAAUAAGACAGGUUCCACCUGCACUCCCUAAGCAGGUCCUCAUCAGUGGCACCCGAUCUUCAACACCCGAUUCUAAUUUUAUGGACUUGAAGGUGUGAUAAAUGUAGGAAUGUUACUUUUUCCUUGUGACUGAUCUGUUUUUUGUUGAUUUAAAUUGUGAAAAUUACUACAAAAUGUCAAUUUUAUGUGUCAUUUGAUGGAGUACAUCAACUUUAUUAAUACGCACUGUUUCAAAGAG